AGUGAGCUUUUCGUCCAUGGAGAGCAGAUGGUGUUUUUGAAAGGAAGGGCGGCCAUUCCCAGGACUUUGGACUUGGCUCCGUUGCACCCCUGAACAGAACCAACGUUGCUAGGAGAACACCUGUGCCCCAGCACUUUGGUCCAGCAAGGGCAGGAGAGGAGAGCUGGAAACUGGUAGAGCUGUGCUACCUGCUACCUCCUGAGGCUCUCAGGGAGCAGGAGAAUCUGAACAUGAGUGGCAAGAGCUGGGUACUGAUCUCUACUACUUCGCCCCAGAGCCUGGAAGAUGAGAUUCUGGGACGGCUUCUGAAAAUUCUCUUCGUUUUGUUCGUUGACUUAAUGUCCAUUAUGUAUGUCGUCAUAACGUCCUAGCAACCUGACUUUCUUUACUCCGUGUGUAAGUUUCAAACCAAAUGCGAGCAAAUAAAGAUCUACAUUUUAAUCUGA